CUUACUCUGACAAGUCUCCCUUUGUGCAGAAGACUCAAGCAUUUGAGAGCUUUUUCAUGCAGCGCAUUGACCUUUAUGAUAAGGAUGAAAUAGAAAGGAAAGGAAGUAUUCUUGUGGAUUACAAGGAGAUAGCAGAAGACAAAGAGCUGACCAAGGCAAUACCAAAUAUAUCUACUGAAUUAAGGGAUAUGCCUCAGAAAAUCCUGGACUGUAUGGGCCUGGCAAUUCAUCAGGUGCUAACAAAGGACCUUGAGAGGCAUGCUGCAGAGCUGCAGGUGCAGGAGGGACUGCCACUGGAUGGAGAACCCAUCAUAAAUGUGCCUCUCAUCCACGCUAGGGUGUACAACUAUGAGCCCCUCACCCAGCUGAGGAACCUCCGCGCCAACUGCUACGGCAAAUACCUGGCCCUGCGCGGCACCGUGGUGCGAGUCAGCAACAUCAAACCCCUCUGCACCAAGCUGGCCUUUGUCUGUGGCACCUGUGGGGAUGUUCAGAGUGUUCCCCUGCCUGAUGGAAAGUACACCCUUCCAACUAAGUGCCUGGUUCCUGAGUGCCGUGGCCGCUCCUUCACACCUGACAGAAGCUCUCCUUUGACCACUACAGUGGACUGGCAGUCUGUCAAGGUGCAGGAGCUGAGCUCAGACGAGCAAGGGGAAGCAGGGCGAAUCCCUCGCACCAUCGAGUGCGAGCUGGUGCAGGACCUCGUGGACAGCUGUGUCCCAGGAGAUCUGGUCACAGUCACAGGGAUAGUCAAGGUGUCAAGCACUGAGGAAGGAGCUUCUAGAAAUAAGAAUGACAAAUGUAUGUUCUUGCUGUACAUUGAGGCAAACUCUGUCAGCAACAGCAAAGGGCAAAACCAAAAGAGUUUUGAUGAGGAGACCUUUCACAGACCCUUCAUGGAGUUCUCCCUGAAAGACCUCUAUGCUGUGCAAGAAAUCCAAGCUGAGGAAAAUCUCUUCAGGCUCAUUGUGAACUCCCUUUGUCCUGCAAUCUAUGGCCAUGAGAUUGUCAAGGCAGGUUUGGCCCUGGCAUUAUUUGGAGGCUGUCAGAAGUUUGUAGAUGACAAGAACAGAAUCCCAGUACGAGGAGAUCCACAUGUUCUGGUGGUGGGAGACCCAGGACUAGGAAAAAGCCAGAUGCUGCAAGCAGUGUGCAACGUGGCUCCUCGAGGUGUGUAUGUUUGUGGCAACACCUCCACCAGCUCUGGCCUGACUGUUACCCUGUCUAGAGAUGGUGCUUCUGGGGAUUUUGCCUUGGAAGCUGGUGCCCUGGUGCUUGGAGAUCAAGGAAUCUGUGGAAUAGAUGAAUUUGAUAAGAUGGGAAGCCAGCACCAGGCUUUGCUGGAAGCCAUGGAACAGCAGAGCAUCAGCCUUGCCAAGGCUGGCAUCGUCUGCAGCCUGCCCGCCCGCACCUCAAUUGUGGCGGCAGCCAACCCGGUGGGAGGACAUUACAACAAAGCCAGGACAGUGUCUGAGAACCUCAAAAUGGGGAGCGCCCUGCUGUCCAGGUUUGACCUGGUUUUCAUCCUGCUGGACACCCCAAACGAAGACCACGACCACCUGCUGUCAGAGCACGUCAUGGCCAUCCGGGCCGGGAAGCCGGCAGCCUGCGCCGGCGCCACGGCCUCUCGGAGCAGCGCGCCGGAACGCUCCCUGCUGGAGACUGCCGCCGAGCGGCCGCUGCUGGAGCGCCUCAAGGUGUCAGCAGGAGAACACUUGGAUGCCCUCCCCCACCAGCUGCUGCGGAAGUACGUGGGGUACGCCCGGCAGUACGUGCAGCCCCGGCUGGCCGCCGCGGCCGCUGAGGUGCUGCAGGGCUUCUACCUGGAGCUGCGCCGGCAGAACCAGGGGGCGGACGGCACCCCCAUCACCACCCGGCAGCUGGAGUCCCUCAUCCGCCUCACCGAGGCACGAGCAAGGCUGGAAUUGAGGGAGGAGGCCACCAAGGAAGAUGCUGAGGACGUGAUAGAAAUCAUGAAGUACAGCAUGCUGGGCACCUACUCAGAUGAGUUUGGCAAGCUGGACUUUGAGAGAUCCCAGCAUGGCUCUGGGAUGAGCAAUCGGUCGCAGGCCAAGCGAUUUGUGUCUGCCCUCAACAGCAUUGCAGAGAGGACCUACAACAACCUCUUUGACCUGCAGCAGCUGAGGCAGGUGGCAAAGGAGCUACAGAUCCGAGUAGCUGAUUUUGAAAGCUUUAUUGGAUCCCUGAAUGAUCAAGGUUACCUUCUGAAAAAAGGUGCAAGGCUUUAUCAGCUUCAGACAAUGUGAGAGGAGCUCCUGUGGCCAACUUCCUUCAGCCACAACCCUUACAGCUGGAAGGGUCUGUGAAGAGGUGAUGCCUUGCUCAAGCUGGCUUCCUUUCCUGCUCUGCACCUCUUGUUGUAGCUGAGGUUUGUGUUUGAAAUGCCAGCCUGGGUUAAA